AGACGGUGAGAAGGAGUGUGAGUGAGUGUGUGGGUGAGUGUACGGCUGAGUGCAGCAGUGAGUGCAGGAGGGAGUGCAGGAGGGAGGCCAUCGUCGGAUGCGGCCGGGGGCAGUUUCAGCUAGGGAUGGAUCAUGAAGCAUUAUUACCAAUACUCCAAAGGCUCACUCCCUUCAGUCAACUGGCAACGGCCUUGCGUUGCUGGUGACGGGAAAACGAAGCUCUUCUAAAUUGCGCAUCUCGGUCCAAGGAAGGCCCCCUCCCCCUCCAGCCACAAACCAGAUUGGUUUUGAAAUAGUUGCCGAAUUAGCGACAAUCUCAUUGGAAGCUAUCGGCACGUCUUCAGUGGAAAGUCCUUGGUUGGUUGUUGUUCAGUCUAGAGUGAACCUGUGGUAUACGAGUAAUACACGGAAUCCCUAAUUGACAUCUAUGUUCCCAACCGGUGUUUGACAAGAACACAUUCGUUCCUAUCUCUAGUGAAAAGACGCAACGGAAAACAACAACACAGGUUUAGACAUGUGUCCCACAGUGAGCAGCCUCCAAGGGAAGAAGAACUCUGAGCGUUCCGAUCAAGACUCGAAAAAAGACCAGCCUCAGUCCUCUGAGGUGGUCUUGCUUCAAAAGGUUGUGAAGAUCAAAGUCUCUUAAGAGCUGCUGUUCUCUCUCCAAGUGAGAAGCGGUGCUAACAUCUCCUCGACAUUUUCCACCUUCUUUAGAACCCUUCUGCUCGUGCCAACCACCAUUUACACUACUCAAAAUCUAAAACGAGACCCUGGUAUUUAUUGCUCAUAUUGCUUCUCCCCCAUCCCCAUUUGUUUGUCUUUGCCCUUGAACUGUAAAUCAGUAUCCAUUGAAAGUACACCUUACCUCUACCUACUUCUCCUCAACAUCAACAUUGAAAAGAGUCAACUGACCUUUCCGAAUACUGUAAUGAUUUUUUCUAAUUUACAAGCUACAAGGAGUUCAUGUGGACUCCAGUGAGAAUGUGCGUGUCCAGUACCUGAAUUCUUCAUAACCAGAAAGGGAAUUGAGUGAAUGCUAUCUAUCUUAUUGGUCGUUUUCUUCGUUCAAAUUUGAUUAUCAUUGUGUGUUUCUACUGAUCAGCCAGCCAAGUUGACCGCCACCAAAUAUUAUACACGCCAACACGCCAUCCAAACAUAACCAUCAUGGAAAAUCAAGAUCAGCUUAUCAGGAAAGAAGACCCCGAGGGCCAUGAGGGUGAAGUGGCUACUCAAUCCGAUCUCGAGGACGUCCAGUCAAGCAUUGACGCUAGUGAAGGGCUCAUUCCGUCCUCGCCUAAAUCGGUGGCCAGCCAUGAGUCGAACAUUGACACGGUCAUCUCUGUCCUUGGCGACUUUGGUCGAUUCCAAAAGUUGCUCUUCUUCGCAUUGUCGUUUCCCGCUGCUGCCAUGGCCAUGGGCGUUUAUGCUUCGGUCUUUCUGGAAUACCUACCCGAGCACCGUUGCAUGAACCCGUGUGAGGAUGAAGUGGACUACCAGCCACUCCCAAAUUGGCUUGACGACCUGGAUGAUCCCCAAUGUACCCGCCCCAAAGUUUUGGACCAGUUCUGCCAACUCAAUGUGUCUGACGUGGAAGUCUGCUCUGAAUUUGUAUUCGACGACUCGGUCUUCACCAACACAGUCACCAGCGAGUUUAUGGCCGUGUGUGACCAUUCAUUUUGGAGAGGACUGAGCCGUUCCUCGUACAUGAGCGCCAUGAUUUUUGGAUCCUUCUUCUUCGGAUGGUUCUCUGACUCGUUUGGGCGGAGGAUGUGCUUUGCCUUGACGGCCAUUUUCCUCACCGGGGGAUCAAUUGGAUCCGCCAUGGCAUUGAACUUCCCGAUGUACAUCGCCUUCCGUUUUGUCACCUCCAUGGGCGGCGUGGGCAUGUUCAUCACGGCAUUUGUGCUCUGUAUGGAGUUCAUCGGGCCAAGUUAUCGAACCAUUUGCGGGUUUGGGAUUGAAAUCCCUUUUGCAAUGGGAGAGCUCUAUGUCGGAUUUCUGGCUUACUUCAUCCGAGAUUGGCGCACCUUGCAAGUGGUGAUUGCGGGACCGUUCCUCUUGUUCUUCGUGUACAUCCUCUGGUUGCCCGAGAGCAUUCGGUGGGCCCUCUCCAAGGGGAAGCUGGAUAUCGCCAAGGUGACCCUGAAAAGGAUGGCCAAGUGCAAUCGUAUCGAUAUUUCGGAUGAAUUGAUCGACGGCGUUCAAAUUGGUGACAAGAUACAAGAAAAGCAGGACGGUCUCAUUGCGGUCCUCGCCUCCCCUGGGAUGCGACAAAGGUUCCUCAUCAUGGUGGCCAACUGGGUGGUGGUAACGCUCUGCUAUUACGGCCUCGGCAUGAUUGCAAGUAUUGGAGAUAACAUCUUUCUUACUUUCCUUGUGACGGCCGCCAUGGAGAUUCCCUCCUACGUGUUUUGCAUGUUUGCGGCCAGCCGUUGGGGCCGGAAGCCAUUCUUAUCCGGCGUUCAGAUCCUGUCUGCUUUGGCUUGCGUUACGGCCGGUUGCCUCCCCGAGGACUUGUAUGUCCCGAAGCUGGUGUUGACCGUCAUUGGCAAGUUCGGGGCCUCCGCCUCCUUCGCCAUGGUGUUUGUCUACACGGCCGAGCUUUUCCCCACUCCCAUGAGGAACACUGUGGUGGGUCUCUGUUCCACAUGCGCCCGCUUUGGCGGAGUCCUGGCUCCCCUCAUCAUAGAGCUUGGACUGAUCCAACCGCAGUUGCCGUUCCUCAUCAUUGGAGGACUCUCUUUAUUGGUGGGAAUCGCAGCUUGCUGGUUGCCCGAGACUUUGGGACGAGAAUUGCCAGAUACGCUCGAAGAGGCAUUGGCAUUAUCCGUUUCCAGCCAAACUCUAGUGGAUAUUGCUGCUUGAAGAAUUAGCCCAAGGGGCGAUGGCGAUCAAUUUUCAUCCACUGUAUGUUCCUUAAAGUGUCGAGAACCUACCAGGUCGAUUUUCUGUCGAGCAUUAUAGUUGACUGAAUGAGUCUAAAUUUCAUGUAGAAUGCACGUCGAGUUCCCUAUCUUGUGUCCCCUCUUCCUAACCUUUCUGUCCAAGUAAACCCAAGGAUUGAUGUUGUGCAUCAAAUGUGAUUGAGACUCUGAAGGACGGACGAAUGCCUGAGUUUUGUAUUGUCUUUUCAUUUGGAAAAGGAUUUGACAUUUCCACCCAUCUUUCUGUGAAAGUUUUCUAAUUAGAGUACUCGUCUCGCACCCGAAUGUCCAUCCCAAAUUGAGACAAAAUCUUGUAUUCAAUCCUUUUAUGGCCCAUCCAUUGAUUGCACUUGAAAGAUUGCACGGAAGCACCUAAACAGUAAUAUUAAUGAAGUCCUUUCCCUUUGAUUGGACGUGGCCACUUUUUUGAAAGCACUCCCAUCAACUCAAUUAGAUCUAGAUAAUGACAUUUCGAAUUUCAACCCUUCAUCGAGUGAGAGGAUGAGUUAUUACAACAAAAUAUGUCAAUAAAAGAUGUGACUUCGUUGUGAAAACUCAAUUUAAAAAGAGGUUUUCCUUGUGUUCUCAAAAAAAUACAACACAAAUUAUUUUCAAAA